AUGAACUCCACCAGCAAGCGACCCAACUUCCUCAUCAUCGUGGCGGAUGAUAUGGGAUUCUCCGAUGCUGGUUGCUUCGGAAGCGAGAUAUGGACACCGAAUAUUGAUAAGCUCGCAAGCACAGGCCUUCGACUGACUGGUUUCCAUGCAGCAGCUGCUUGCUCUCCUACCAGAGCGAUGAUUUUGACCGGGACUGACCACCACAUCGCCGGGCUAGGUAACCUGAUUGAAUGGACUGACUUCUCGGGCCAGAACUUUCCAAAGGGCUCAAAGUAUACCACAGCCCCUCAGAGAGGCAUGCCCGGGUAUGAGGGUUAUCUCAACUCAAGGGUUGCUGCUCUUCCGGAGGUUCUACGGGAUGGAGGAUAUCACACCAUGAUGAGCGGUAAGUGGCAUUUGGGUCUUACCAAGGAACGCAGCCCCCAUGCUCGUGGCUUCGACAGAAGUCUAGCACUGCUACCUGCUUGUUCGAAUCACUAUGACUACCGACCAGAUGCCGACUUUCCGAAAUUCCUCGAGAAGUCUGUCAUCGCCCUGCACAUGGAGGACGACCACUACGUCGACGAGUUGCCCGAAGGUUGGUACUCGAGUGAUGGUUACGGAGACAAAAUGCUGCAAUACCUCAAAGAGUGGCACGACUCACCAGAUCUCAAGCAGAAACCAUUCUUCGCUUAUUAUCCUUUCAGUGCUCCUCAUUGGCCUCUGCAAGCUCCCAAACAAUAUGUCGAUCGCUACAGAGACGUAUACAACGAGGGUCCAGAAGCGCUUCGACAAGCACGGUUGACUAAACUGAUUGAACUGGGGAUGAUACCACAAGACGUUCGACCACAUCCUGUUAUAGCCGACGAGGUUCAGGGCUGGGAUGAGAUGUCGGAGUCGCAACGGAAAUUGUCGUCUCGAGCGAUGGAGGCUUACGCAGGCAUGGUUGAGUGCCUUGACCAUAAUAUUGGACGUGUGACUUCCUACCUCGAGUCAAUUGGUGAACUCGAUAACACGUUCAUAAUGUUCUUCUCCGACAACGGUGCUGAAGGAGCUGCAUAUGAAGCAUAUCCGAUGAUAAGUGGUCAGCUUAUGGAUCAUCUUGGUAAGCACUACAACAACCACAUCGACAAUAUUGGCAAUAAGGAUUCCUUUGUUUGGUAUGGUCCACGAUGGGCUCAGGCUGCUACAGCACCAAGUCGAUUGUUCAAGGCGUACACCACUGAAGGAGGCGUUCGUGUACCAUGCGUCUUACGAUAUCCAGCUUUGCACAAAGACAAGCAGGGCACGAUUACUGACACGUUUGUGACCGUCAUGGAUAUUACACCUACUCUCCUGUCCCUAGCAGGAAUCAAGCAUCCAAGUCCUGAAUGGAAAGGUCGCAGUGUCGUACCAAUGCGUGGCUUAGACAUGAUACCAUAUUUACAAGGCUCUUCUGACACCAUACACCAUCCCAGUGAGGCAUUUGGUUGGGAACUUUGUGGUCGUGCUGCAAUUCGAGUCGGUCAGUACAAAGCAGUCUUCCUUCCAUUUCCUAAAGGCAUAUCAGCCUGGCAGCUGUAUGAUCUGAGCGCCGAUCCUGGCGAAACAGAUGAUCUGGCUCAGAAAAUGCCAGAGAAACUGGAGGAACUCCUUGUGUGUUGGGAGAAAUAUUGCGACGAGACUGGCGUUGUUCCUCUACAGCCUGAGCUGGGUGCUCGCUGGCACGAAGCAGUUGAGGCGCAGAUGAAAGAAGGCGAAUGGAUGGAGUACGAAUAUUGGAAGCCUGGAGCUCUCAAAGAGGAAAAUCGACAGAAGUUUGUCAGGAAUAUCCAGAAGUUGACUGACCCACGAUCAACAGAAUUACUUAGCUAA